AUGGAACAACAAACCAUCAGUAUUAGCAAGGCGGGUAUUACCACCACGCUGAACGCUCGCACUUCCAUUCUAGCCGCUGCGAAUCCAUUACACGGACGUUAUAACCCCAAGAUGUCUCCAACACACAACAUCAAUCUCCCUGCGGCUCUUAUGUCGAGAUUUGAUAUCUUAUUUUUAAUAUUGGACACACAUAAUAACGAUCUGGAUGAAGCGAUGGCAAGUCACGUGGCGCACGUUCAUAGAUACGGUAAACAUCCAAAUAUCGGUAUUGAGGUACUGGACGCAAGCACUAUUAGACAUUACAUCGCCGAAGCUCGUGCGAAACGCCCUAUUAUUCCGCAAGAGCUUAAGGAAUACAUUGUUGGUUCUUAUGUCGAUCUCCGUCGAGAACAAAAAAAUGACGAAUAUCGUAAGAAAGAGCAUUCUCACGUAAGUCCACGUACGAUCUUAGCGGUAAUUCGGUUGGCGACCGCAUUAGCAAGGAUUCGACUUGCUGAUAGUGUCAUACGAGAAGACGUUGAUGAAGCGUUAAGGUUACUCGAGGUGUCCAAAGAUUCAUUGAGAGAUAAAUCUAAUCUCUCCAAGAGCGAUAAAACGCCGACGUCUGCAAUUUAUGAAAUGAUUAAUGAGAUAAGAUCCCGCACAGAAGGCGAUUCUCUAGACUAUGAUCAGAUAGUAAAAGAAGUUACUGUACGAUACACUAAAGACCAGCUAGAAGAUUGCAUAGCAGAAUACCAAGCCAAUAAUAUAUGGCACGUGAACGAAGAUAGAACAAAGUUAUUUUACGUAAAUGAAUCCGAUUGA